AACAGAAACAUAAUACAAUAUAGAGCAACCGUGCGCACAACUUAGUGACUAGCAUGGAGGCCAAGCUUGUAGUCAUCCUUGCGGCCUGCUUGUUGAUUUCCUUUAGCAAUGGAGGAGACGCACAGUGCACAGUGAAAGACCUCGUCGUCGCCCAGACCACCGCGCCGGCGCAGCCCGGAGAGACGUACCCGAAGCACGUGGUGACGGUGAAGAACACUUGCGUCUGCAUGCAGCUCAACGUGAAGAUGGACUGCGCGGGGUUCGACUCCUCUAUCGACGUCAUCCCUGCUGACACGAUCACGCCGGACGGCGACAAUGCGCUCUGCACCCUCAAUGGCGGUCGUCCGGUGUAUGGAAACGGCACGGUCACGUUCAGCUACGCGUGGAGCACAGACAUCAGCUUCCGGCCCGUCUCGUCGUACAUGGAAUGUUCCGUAGCACCAUAAUGUUUAAGGACUCAUUUCGCAAAAAAAAAAUGUUUGAGGACUCUAAAAACCAUGGAAAAAUAUACAGCUGGUGGUGGAAAGAAGGAAGCGUGGGAAAGAAA